AGAAUCCCUAGGCGUCCUUGACGUGUCCGCCAUCAAUGCAUUAAGCCGCUGUGCCGAAUUUGAAACCGUUUUAAACGCAAUUUUUAUCUUUUACUACCGAGAAAAUCGAAAAGAAAUAUGGCCGAUAGUGAUGAUGAGUACGAUAGAAAAAGGCGCGAUAAGUUUAGGGGCGAAAGGGCUGAGGCCACAUACAGGGGUGCAGAAAGGGUGCAAAGGCCCAGAGAAGAAUGGCCUGAACGCGAGGCUUGGUCAAGGCCAAGGCAAAGGGAGUACAGGGCCGGCGGUAUUCGCGACCGAGGCUAUUCUCCAGGGUUGGAACCGGCCGCCAAAAGAAUGAGGCACGAUUAUUACGGCGAAAGUUACUACAACCACUACGCGCCCUACCAUCAGGCAGCGCACAGAGCUAAUUUCUUCAGAGAACCGGCGGCACCCGCCGCCAUCGAAGGCCAACCGCCUCCGAUGAUGUCUUUUAAAGCUUUCCUGGCCACGCAGGACGACAACAUCUCGGACUCGGAGGCCAUCGAAAAGUACAACGAUUACAAGUUGGAGUUUCAGCGGCAGCAGCUUAACGAGUUCUUUGUCGCGCACAAAGACGACGAAUGGUUCCGGGUUAAAUAUCAUCCUGAAGAUUCUAUAAAGCGCAAGGAAGAGCAAGCUGCUUCGAUGAAGAAAAGGCUUGAGGUAUUCAUGGACCUGCUCAAUUCCGGGUCCAUAGAAAAAGUCACAAUCGACUGUCCAAAAACCACGGAACUGUUGAAAUUGUUGGACACUGUCGUCAUAAAACUUGAAGGUGGCACGGACGAGGAUUUGGCUUUGUUGGAAAAAGAAUAUACAGAGAUGGAGGAAAAAUACAAGGAACAAAAAGCCAAAGAGGAGUCGGACAAAGAGAAGGCCGAAAAGCAGGCGGCUUUAAAAAAAGAGGAGGACGAGAAAAAGGAGGAAAAAACGUCGGAAGAACAGGGAAAAACGAACGGAGAAGAUUCUUCCAAGCACGACGAAGAAGACGACGGGGAAAUAGACAAGAGCACAGACAAAGUAGAAGGCGAGGAAAACGAAGAAGAAAAAGAGGAAGAAAAAAAAGAAGUGGAAGCUUCCGAAGAGAAGGAAAAAGAGGACGAAGAAAAAAUGGAAGUUGAGAAGGAGAAGGAAGAGAACGGCGAAAAAGACAAAGAGGAGGAAGCCGUUGACAAAGACGAAGAAAAGGUGGAAAACAAAUCGUCGGAUAAAGAGGAGGAAGUCGAGGAGGAGGAGGAGGAGGAGAAGAAGAAAGAAGAUAAAGAGGAAGAGGGGGAGGAUAAGGAGAAAUCGGAAAAGAAGAAGAAGGAGAAAGUAAAACGCAAGCGUUCGUAUUCCGGAAGCAGUUCGUCUUCUUCUUCCUCGAGUAGUAGUGAUGAGGAGGGAGAAAAGAAAGAUGAAGAUGAGGAGAAAAAGGAGAGUAAGGAGGAUGAGGGGGAGAAAGGGGCUGAAGAUGAGAAAAAAUCAGAAAAGCAGGAAGACAAAGAGGAGGAAAAGAUCGAGACGAUAGAGGACGACAAACCGGAAAAACCGAAGUCGCUGCACAAGACGACGUCGAUAUUUCUGCGCAACCUCUCGCCCACCAUAACCAAACAGGAGGUGGAGGCCAUGUGCGCGCGUUACGAGGGCUUCCUGCGCGUGGCCCUGGCCGACCCCCAGCCGGACCGCCGCUGGCUAAGGCGCGGCUGGGUCACGUUCAAGCGCGAGGCCAACAUCAAGGAGAUCUGCUGGAACUUGAACAACAUCAGGUUGAGGGAGUGCGAGUUGGGCGCCAUCGUGAACAGGGAUUUGAGCAGGAGAAUCAGGCCUGUGAACGGUAUUAGUGCGCAUAAAAAUGUGGUCAGGUCGGACAUAAGGAUUUCCGCUAAAGUCACACUGCAUUUGGAUAAUAAGAACGGGUUGUGGCUGGAGGAGGAUAAGAAGGAAAAACAGCAACCGACCUUCGGUCUGGUAUCGAACAACCCCGUGUUACACAACAUAACCGACUACCUGAUCGAGGAGGCGUCCGCCGAAGAGGAGGAACUCCUCGGCAUCGAACCCUCGUCGGAGAACCUCGACUCGACCUCCACGGUCGAGAGGGACGAAUCCCUGAUCGCGGUCCUCGACAAGAUCCUCCUGUACCUGCGCAUCGUGCACUCGGUCGACUACUACAACCACUGCGAGUACCCGAACGAGGACGAGAUGCCCAAUCGCUGCGGCAUCCUGCACGCGCGCGGCCCGCCGCCCGCCUCCAAGACGGACGUGACGCAGUUCACUGGCGCCGCCGUCGAGAGCAAGAUGGCCGCCUUCCUGCCCGAGAAGGCGGCCAGCGCGGAGAGCACCUCCAACGAGGCCAAGCUCGUGGCUUUGUCGCUGAAGGACGUGGACGCCGAGGUGGACAAGUUCGUGCAGGCGAACACGCGGGAGCUGGCCAAGGACAAGUGGCUGUGUCCGUUAUCGGGGAAGAAGUUCAAGGGGCCGGACUUCGUGCGCAAGCACAUCUUCAACAAGCACGGCGAGAAGAUCGAGGAGGUGAAGAAGGAGGUGGAGUUUUUCAACAGCUAUCUGAAGGAUCCCAAGCGGCCGAUGUUGGUCGAGGCCCCCGCGCCCAAAAGGGAGGAGCCGCCGGCUUACAGCCAUCCAAACUAUGGAGGUGGUGGUUCUUAUGGAGGUGGAGGAUAUGGUAGACCCCCUCCAUACUACAACCAAGGAUUUGCGCAGAGGUCCAGGGGUUAUCCUCAGAGAACAAGGGGAAAUCCCGGUGAUUUCAGGCCAAUCAUUCAUUACAGAGAUUUGGAUGCUCCAAGAGAACCCGAAGAAUUUAUAUAAGUUAAAUAGUUUUUAAUUUUUUCGUAUCAGUCAGUGUAUUAAGCAUUAACUACAUACUUUUAUUCUAUGUACUUGAUUAGAGUUUUUUAUUUGACUUGCCUAUUAUAAAUAAAGCAAAGUAAUAAGUUCAA